AUGACUGAAGUAGCAAGCGAAAACGCUGCUGGCCCCGCACCAGUUAAUGGUUCCAAACCUGUACAAGAAUUGAAGAUCAUCAAACGUAAGUUGAAUGGAUAUGUCGGGUUUGCUAACUUACCCAAACAGUGGCACCGUAAGUCAAUUAGAAGAGGAUUCAAUUUGAAUUUGAUGGUUGUAGGAGAAAGUGGUUUGGGUAAGAAGACUUUAGUUAAUACAUUGUUUAACCGGGAAGUUUUGAAAUCAACUGAAGCUGUUUUGGAAUCUUUUGAUAAGGAAGAUGACGAAGAGACCGAAGCAGAAGAUGUUACCGUUAAGAUCAACGAGUAUACCAACAUUAUUGAAGAAGAUGGUGUCAAGUUAAAGUUGAAUAUUGUCACUGCUCCUGGUUUUGGUGAUUCAAUCGAUAAUACCGAUUCCUGGAAACCAAUAGUCAAUGAAGUCAAUAGGAGAUUUGAUCAAUAUUUGGAAGCUGAAAGCAGAAUAAAUCGAUCUACUAUUGAUGAUCAAAGAAUCCACGCCUUGUUAUACUUUAUUGAACCUACCGGCCAUUCUUUAAGAAGUUUGGAUAUUGAAUUUAUGAAACAAGUUCAUAAUAAAGUUAAUUUGAUUCCAAUAAUUGCCAAAUCUGAUACUUUAACAGAUAAGGAAAUUGUUGACUUCAAACGUAAUAUCAUUAAUGAUAUUUCCUUUCAAAAAAUUAAAACCUUUAAGCCUGAAAUUUUUGAUAAUGAUGAUGAAGAAACCAUACUGAAUUGUCAAAACAUUGUGGAUGCUUCACCAUUUGCUGUCAUUGGAUCUACCAAGGAAGUUGAAACCCAUGAUGGAAGAAUUGUUAGAGGAAGAAAAUACCCCUGGGGGGUAAUUGAAGUUGAUAAUGAAGAACACAAUGAUUUUGUUAAACUACGCCAAUUAUUGAUUAGAAAUUACUUGGAAGAAUUAAAGGAACAAACCAAUGAUAUUCUAUAUGAGAAUUAUCGUAACGAAAAGUUGACCAGAAUGGGUAUAGAGCAAGAUAACUCUGUAUUCAGAGAGUUUGAUCCUUUGGCUAGACAAGAAGAAGAAAGGGCUUUACAUGAAGCUAAAUUAUCCAAGAUGGAGAAAGAGAUGAACAAUGUAUUCCAAUUGAAGGUUAGUGAAAAGGAAAAGAAAUUACAAAGACUGGAGGCCGACUUGUUCAACAGACAUAAGGAAAUGAAGGAUAAGUUGAUUAAACAAAUCAAGUUAUUGGAAGAAAAGAAGGCUCAAUUGGAAAAACAAAAGUUAUUACCUCCAGAUCCAGCUCCAAUUCCAAAGAAGAAGGGAUUCUUACGUUAG